GGGAAUUUCAUAGAGUGAUUAAUGGGCAAUUAAUUAUGAUUCUAAUAGUUAUUCUCAUUGCACUUUCCAUAUAAUUGGGUUGAUGUAUAUGCAUGAAGAGCUGUCUUUUCUUUUUAGCUCUGCCGCUUUAUCUUACCACCCGUUGGUAUUUCUUGCUUCAUUUACUCCUUAAUUAGAUUCGUAUUGUCUUACUCUUUUCCCAUCUUCUUCUUCUUCUUCAGUUUUCUAUUCUUCACUGUGUGUACAGUUUGCUUGUGGGUAAUCUUGAAAGAGAGAGAGAGAGGGGGAGAGAAGAGACUGAUGAAGAGGCUAGUGGCCCUGCUUUUGUUCCUGGCUUUUUGUAAUGCAGUUGAAUGCAAUGAGACUGAGUUUGAGGAAGAAUGCAAAUUCAAUAAGCCUUUGAAACCCCGACCACACAGUGUGUCCAUCUUGGAAUUUGGUGCAGUUGGGGAUGGGAAAACUUUGAACACUGUAGCAUUUCAGAAUGCCAUCUUCUAUGCCAAGUCAUUUACUGACAAGGGUGGUGCUCAGCUCUAUGUCCCACCAGGCAGGUGGCUUACAGGAAGCUUCAACCUAACCAGCCACCUCACACUCUUUCUUGAGAGUGAAGCUAUUAUUCUUGGAUCUGAGGAUUAUGCCCAUUGGGAUGUUGUUGAACCCUUACCAUCUUAUGGCCGAGGUAUUGAACUUCCAGGCGCCAGAUAUCGCAGCUUGAUUUCUGGAAAUAACAUUACUGAUGUGGUGAUAACAGGUGAUAAUGGAACUAUUGAUGGCCAAGGUUCUAUCUGGUGGGAGCAGUUCAAUUCUCAUAGCUUAAACUACAGCCGCCCGCAUCUUGUGGAAUUCAUUAGCUGUAAAGAUGUCAUCAUUUCUAAUUUAACCUUUUUGAAUUCCCCUGCCUGGACCAUUUAUCCUGUAUAUUGCAGUAAUGUGCUAGUUCAAAACAUAACGGCUCAUUCUCCACCUCAAUCUCCUUACACGAGUGGAAUAGUCCCAGAUUCUUCUGAGCAUGUUUGCGUCGAGAACAGCAACAUUAGCAUGGGCUUUGAAGCCAUUGCGCUCAGGAGUGGAUGGGAUGAGUAUGGAAUUGCCUAUGGCAGACCGACCACGAAUGUCCACAUCCGUGAGGUUCGCCUUCAGUCUUCUGCAGGCUGUGGUCUGGCUUUUGGCAGUGAGAUGUCCGGUGGCAUCUCCAACAUACUUGUGGAGCAACUCUACAUACACGACUCAUCCGUAGGUAUCGAGCUGAAGACAGCAAUAGGUAGAGGUGGUUAUAUGGAAGACAUUUUUAUAUCGGGCGUGGAAAUGGAAAAUGUUGAGCUGGCACUGAAGGCAACAGGUGAUUGUAAAACACAUCCAGAUGAAAAUUUUGAUCCUCAAGCCCUCCCAGUUGUUGAAUGCAUUACCUUCAAGGACAUUGUUGGUACCAAUAUCACUACAGCCGGGAGUUUCACUGGAAUCUCUGAAUCACCGUUCACUUCAAUUUGUCUAUCAAAUAUCUCCCUCUCCAUUUCUUCUGACCCUUCUACAUCAUCAUGGCUCUGUUCCAACGUGUCCGGCUUUUCUGAAAACGUGUCUCCCGAGCCAUGUCCUGACCUCCAGAGUUCAUUCACCAAUUGCUCUUCAGUUUGCUUCUCUCCUCUGUGCCCAAGAAGUCGUAUUGCUAUCCUAUGAUACCUCCAACUAGAAUUAAACCAUUCGUUUCAUCAAAUCUGUACAAUGAGAGACCAAAUGCUUCUUCCAUUUCCACUUCCUAUGCCUGUGGAUAAUUUUCCAACAAUAUGCCCAUCAGGAUCUUCCAUCUUCCUCCAAACUGGUGUCUUGUUCCUCAGUUGCUGGUGUACAGCCUCAUAUUUUCAUUCAUAUGUAAGAAAUUUUUGGUAGUGAAGUACAACUCGGACACUAGUUGCUUUUCAAUGUUUAAUUCAUUUGUUUUUUUUCAAUUUUUUUUAUUUACAAUGUAAAUUUGUGUAGUGUGGUUUGCCACCAAAAUGAUUAAAGGUAUAAGGGGCGAAAAUUGUUGAAGUUGUUUGUUGGAAUAAAAGUUUUCGUCAUCUCUUUACUGAACUAAGAACAUGUACUUUGUGGCUACCAUCUUCUCAAUGAAAUGGCUGGUGUUUCUAUCGUUA